UUACGGCUUCAACAGCGAAGGACCCAGGAGCAGCUGGCUAACCAAGGCUUUAUACCACCACUGAAAAGUCCAACUGAAUUCCAUGACCCAAGAAAAAAUUUGGAUAGUAUCAAGACUGAAGAUUCCCUGAAGCGCAAGGGCAGAAAUAGGUCUGAUCGUGGCAGCCUGGUUAAUAUGCACAUUCUCCAAGCCUCCACGGCAGAAAGAUCCAUCCCAACUGCUCAGAUGAAGCUGAAAAGAGCUCGCCUAGCUGAUGACCUCAAUGAAAAGAUUGCUCUCCGCCCUGGGCCCUUGGAACUGGUGGAGAAGAACAUUCUGCCUAUGGAUUCUUCAGUGAAAGAGGCUAUAAAAGGUACAGAGGUGAGUUUCUCCAAAUCAGCGGAUGCAUUUGCCUUUGAAGAGGACAGCAGCAGCGAUGGGCUUUCCCCAGAUCAGACACGGAGCGAAGACCCCCAGGGCUCUGUGGGAUCGCCCCCAGAUAUCAAAGCAGCUGAGGCCCCUUUGGCUGGUCCUUUGGACACAAUCCAGGAUCUUGCUCCUGGCUCAGAAAGUGACAAGAAUGACGCAGCCUCCCAGCCAAGCAACCAGUCAGACUCUGGGAAGCAAGGGCUUGGAACCCUCAGCACCUCUAUCCCUGUGCAUGCUCCAAGUCUUUGGGUGAAACCAAAGGUGAAGAAGCUUAAAUACCACCAGUACAUCCCCCCAGACCAAAAGGCAGAGAAGUCCCCUCCACCUAUGGACUCCGCCUAUGCUCGGCUGCUCCAGCAACAGCAACUAUUCCUGCAGCUGCAGAUUCUGAGCCAACAGCAGCAGCAGCAGCAACAACAGCAGCAGCAGCAACAACAGCGGUUCAACUACCCUGGGAUACACCAAACACACCUCAAAGAGCCAAACGAACAGAUGGUCAGAAAUCCGAAUUCUUCCUCAACACCACUGAGCAAUACCCCUCUGUCCCCUGUCAAAAACAGUCUUUCUGGACAAACUGGUGUCUCUUCUCUCAAACCAGGCCCCCUUCCAGCAAACCUGGAUGAUCUCAAGGUGUCAGAAUUAAGACAACAGCUUCGAAUACGAGGCUUGCCAGUGUCGGGCACCAAGACAGCACUGGUGGACCGGCUUCGACCCUUCCAGGAUUGUGCUGGCAACCCUGUGCCCAACUUCGGGGACAUCACAACUGUCACCUUUCCUGUCACACCCAAUACCUUGCCCAGUUACCAGUCCUCCCCAUCAGGCUUCUACCACUUCGGCAGCACGAGCUCCAGCCCACCCAUCUCUCCCGCUUCAUCUGACCUGUCUGCUGCAGGGUCUCUGCCGGACACCUUCACCGAUGCCUCACCUGGCUUCGGCCUGCAUGGUCACAGCUCCGGGUCCCCCCCUCCAGCCUGUGAGGCUGCUCAGCUGCUGCCCCACUGUGUGGAUUCCUCAGGUCAAGCCCAUUCUCUCUCAUCCACGUUUCUCAGCCCCCAGUGCUCGCCUCAGCACUCACCCCUGGGGGCCCUGAAGAGCCCGCAGCACAUCAGCCUGCCCCCAUCGCCCAACAACCCUUACUUCCUGGCCUCCUCCUCCGGGGCGCAGAGAGAGAGCCAUGGGGUCUCCUCACCUAGCAGCAGUCAAGGGUGCGCACAGAACUCAGGGGCACAUGAAGGCCAUCCUCCCAGCUUCUCCCCGUCAUCUUCCAGCCUCCAUCAGCCUUUCUCUGGCACCCAAGCAGACAGCAGUCACAGUGCUGGGCUCAACCCUUGUCCCAAAAGCCCAGUUAUUCAUCCAAAGAUGACUGGUUUGCAAUCUUCAGACAAGGUGGGGCCAAAGUUUUCAAUUCCAUCCCCAACUUUUUCCAAAUCAAGUUCAGUGGUUUCAGAGAUAACCCAGCCCCCAUCCUAUGAAGAUGCAGUAAAGCAGCAAAUGACUCGGAGUCAGCAGAUGGAUGAACUCCUGGAUGUCCUCAUUGAAAGUGGAGAAAUGCCUGCUGAUGCCAGGGAAGAUCAUUCAUGUCUUCAAAAAGUCCCAAAGAUACCUGGGUCCUCUUGCAGCCCUACCACCAUUCUCCCCAAGCCCUCAGCUUCCUUUGAACAGGCAUCUUCAGGGGGUCAGAUCUCCUUUGAUCACUAUGCCACCGAUAGUGAUGAACACCUAGAAGUCUUAUUGAAUUCUCACAGCCCCAUGGGAAAAGUGGGUGAUGUCACUCUCCUCAAAAUUGGAAAUGAGGAGACUCCUUUUGAUGGAAUCAUGGAUGGCUUCCCAGGGAAGGCUGCUGAAGACCUCUUCAGCACUCAUGAGCUCUUGCCUGGACCCCUCUCCCCGAUGCCUACACAGUUAUCACCCUCAUCAGUGGACAGCAGUGGUCUACAGCUGAGCUUCACAGAAUCUCCUUGGGAAACAAUGGAAUGGCUGGACCUUACUCCACCUAGCUCCACGCCAGGCUUCAGCAAUCUCCCCACCAGUGGCCCCAGCAUAUUCAACAUCGAUUUUCUGGAUGUCACAGAUCUGAAUUUGAAUUCCCCCAUGGACCUCCACUUACAGCAGUGGUAA